AUGCCGGAGAGUUUGUCCCAAGAUGAAGAUUCAUGCAGUGAUUGUAGUUGUCAUGAUAAACCAGGUACUAGCUUACAAAGUUUUGUGCCUGUCGGAAAAGCUCUUUUCCCAGAAAUUUUCCAAACAAGUCAACUUUUGUUCUAUGAGCGAUUCAAAGCCUAUCAAGAUUAUAUUUUAGCUGACUGCAAGGCCUCUGAGGUACGGGAAUUCACAGCUGAGUUCCUGGAGAAGGUCCUUGAACCAUCUGGAUGGCGGGCAGUCUGGCACACUAAUGUGUUUGAGGUGCUGGUUGAGGUCACGGACGUGGAUUUUUCAGCCUUGAAGGCAGUGGUGAGGCUUGCUGAACCAUAUGUCUGUGAAUCUCAAGUGAGCACUUUUACCUUGGAGUGUGUGAAAGAGCUCCUUGACCUGAAAGAGCAUCGGUUGCCCCUGCAAGAGCUGUGGGUGGUGUUUGAUGAUUCUGGAGUGUUUGACCAGACAGCACUUGCAGUUGAGCAUGUCAGGUUUUUCUACCAAAACAUUUGGAGGAGUUGGGAUGAAGAAGAGGAGGAUGAAUAUGAUUAUUUUGUCAGAUGCGUUGAACCACGAUUGAGAUUGCAUUAUGACAUUCUUGAAGACCGAGUUCCUUCAGGACUUAUCGUUGACUACCAUAGUCUCUUGUCUCAAUGUGAGGAGAGUUACAGAAAGUUUUUAAAUCUGAGGAGCAGUUUGUCAAAUUGUAGCUCUGACUCAGAGCAGGAAAAUAUCUCCAUGGUGGAAGGGUUAAAAUUGUAUUCGGAGAUUGAACAGUUGAAACAAAAACUGAAACUCAUUGAGAAUCCUUUGUUGAGAUAUGUGUUUGGUUAUCAGAAGAAUUCUAAUAUCCAAGCAAAGGGUAUCCGUCCAAAUGGUCAGAAGGUUACCCAUGUGGUCUCCUCCAUCAUGAUGACUGGUCUACUGCAGUCCCUGCUCAGAGACAGGCUUUGCCAGGAGCCUUGCAAGGAAGAAACAGAAAUUCAGUUCCAUAGUGAUCCGUUGUCUGCUAUAAAUGCCUGCUAUGAUGGUGACACUGUUAUUGUUUGUCCUGGCCAUUACAUGAUACAUGGCACAUUCGCCAUUGCUGACUCCAUUGAGUUGGAAGGAUAUGGUCUACCAGAUGAUAUUGUUAUAGAAAAGAGAGGCAAAGGAGACACUUUUGUGGAUUGUACAGGUGCAGAUAUUAAAAUCUCAAGCAUAAAAUUCGUGCAGCAUGAUGCUGUAGAAGGAAUCUUAAUCAUUCAUCGUGGCAAGACUACAUUGGAAAACUGUGUACUGCAAUGUGAAACUACAGGAGUCACAGUGCGAACGUCAGCAGAAUUGUUAAUGAAGAACUCGGAUUUAUAUGGUGCCAAGGGUGCUGGUAUAGAAAUCUAUCCUGGGAGUAAGUGUACCCUAAGUGACAAUGGAAUCCAUCACUGCAAAGAAGGGAUCCUCAUUAAGGAUUUCUUAGAUGAACAUUAUGACAUUCCCAAAAUAUCCAUGGUGAAUAACAUCAUACAUAAUAAUGAAGGUUAUGGUGUAGUCUUGGUGAAACCCACAAUUUUCUCUGACCUGCAGGAAAAACCCCAAGAUGGAACAGAAGAAAAUAAAGCACUUAAAAUUCAGACAAGUGAAGAGGCAGAUGCAGCUGAAAGAGGGGAUCUAGAAGAGCUGAUUCAAUGUGCAACUGGUAAACUGGAGCUGUAUGCGAAAUCUGAGCUUUCUGAGCAGGUCGAGGGAAAUUGUGAAAUUAUAAAUGAACUAGUUGCUGCCUCCACACAAAAAGGCCAGAUGAGGAAAAAAAGGUUGAGUGAACUGGGCAUCACACAAGCUGAUGACAACUUAAUGUCACAGGAGAUGUUUGUUGCAAUUGUGGGGAACGAGUUCAAGUGGAAUGGGAAAGGAAGUUUCGGCACAUUUCUUUUUUGACCACAAUGAUGUAAACAGAUAGCAAAAUAACUGGGUUUUGCACAUACUACCCUGAAAAUCACUGCUGCUAUUGUAGCUUGCUUCAUGCCUGUAUUUUAUAUUUGAUAUAUCCUUUUGGGCUUGAAUGAAAUGUAGAUUUAUUUCUUUCUGCAGGUGUUGCACAUAAAAACACUCUCUCUUUAUAAGAAAAAUCGUAAAAACCAUAUAAAACAGACAAUAUUUGGAGAUUUAUUGCCUAGAAAGUCCUGCUUUCUUAAAAUACGUAGUUCUUCCGUAUUAAGCCUUCCUAGUGUGAAUUCACUUUAAUCCAGCACUUCAGAGAGGAAAGAGAAAACAGGGAAUACAAGAUGAGUACACAGAAAUGCAGGAGGUGCCACAUGUGCAGUGCGCUUCUUAGGGUUGUCUUUUUAUCCCAACUACAGUGAGUUUGAUUUCAACAUCAUAUUUGCAUAAUACUUGUCUUAAAAUAAAAGCUUUUAUGAUUGGGACAUUAUCUCCCUAAUCAGACUUAUUAUUGAGAAUCCAAGUGGAAUGCGUUUUUUUAUGUUGAACUCUGCAAUCAUCAAAGCAGCAAUAGAUAGCAUGGCAUGUUUGAAACAGAAACAAAAUGUGUUCAGAGCCAAUGUGUGCUUCCAGUCUCUUCACUAUCACUGAAUGUGAAUGACUGGAAAGAACUUUCUUCCCCCACCGUAACAGUAUUCUAAUAGUAUUUUGUACACAGUCAAAAGGAUAACCUAUACAAAUUAUACUAACUAUAUAUUACCGGUAUCAUUUUAAAACACAGCUUUUAAAAAUAUUUAUAUUUAAAAAAGCAUACAUGUGAUAUUAAUAUGUCUA